CUCUGUAGACGCACAGCUUUCCUCGCACCUGGACCAGGAGCUACUCAGGAGCUACGACACGAGUGAGUUGUUGAGGAUGAGUGUGCCGGCAGAGGUGCUGCUGAUCAGAGACCAGUACGAGUCUGCCUUCCACAGUCUGGAUCGCGGGCUGACAGCAGAGGAGGCUCAUCACAAAUCAGAUGCACUCUUGUAUUACAGAAAAGGUCUACAGCAUCUGACCCAUGGCCUCCAGAUCCCCACAGUGGGGGACAGAUUCCAGGGACAGUGCUGGGAUAAUGCCCGGCAGCUCCAACAAAAGAUGAGGAACACUUUACAGACAGUCACCACUCGCAUCCAUGAACUGGAGACAUCUCAGGAGGUGACAGGAGACCAGAGGAGCAGAUUGUUGAUGAAUCUGCCCCAGAACUCUUACCCAGAUCUGGGGCCAAACAGCCAGCCUCCAAACAGCUCCCUCCUUCAUCUGUACCCCUCUGUACCUGACACCAACCACAACACCACCCCAGUGCCCCCUCCCAGGCCUCUCUCUCCCAGUGUCCCUAAAGAGCUUGCUACAGCUCAUCCUGCUACAGCCAUGGCUAAUCCAGCAGACCAGCCACCAGCUUAUACCCCACGGCCCACAGUCCAACACAGCCUCUACUAUGAUGCCAACAACAAACUUGUGGCAGUCGCAAUAAAUGAAAGGGAACUUAUUCACAUCCCCGCAGGGGUGCAGAUGUUUUUUGUGGCACCAAACGGCCAGGUGAGCUCGCUGUUUGCCCCUGGAUUUCUGCGCAUUUUUACCAGGGAUUUAAAGGAAUGGGACUCUGGGCAACCUUCAGCAUUUUUACAUGUGUGUGAAUGGCUGUAUCCUCUGGCUCGUGACACUCCAGUGCUUUUGGCAAACUCAGGGAUCUACAUGUUCCCUGACACUUUGACCACAGUCCCAGGGACCUUUGUGGGUAUUGUGCUCUCCUCUGAUCUGCCUGCUGCAGACCAUGAGCUGUUUCAGGAUGUCCUCUCACAGCUCGUUGAAUUCAGGAUUCAGGACUCAGAAGGGGUUAGUUCAGACGUGGUAAACCUGAGCCAGAAAGUGCCCCUUCUUCCACCUCGGCCAGGAACAAAAAAUGAAGAGCAAGAAAAACCACCUCUCCCUAGCUGGAGUGAGAAGAUGGCUGAACGCAUUCUGCAUGGAGCAUCCUGGCUAAGUGAAGAAUUUAUAAAAGGAGCAGAUGCUACAAGUCGGGCCAUUCACAAGUCUGGGUUUAAGAUCCGAGAUAGAAUUACACCAGAGGAAACCCCUUCAGAGGUCAGCCCUAAAGUCACGAAAGGACUGGAGUCCGCCAAGGCUGCCACAGGGGGAGCUGUGCGAGUCAGUAAGUUCUUAGUUGAUGGAGUAAGUACAGUAGCAGGCCAUGUGGCAGAGAAAGUGGCACCACAUGUAAAGAAACAUGGAGCUAAGUUGGUUCCAGAAUCAUUAAAAGGCAAAGAUGGUCGCCCUUCUAACUUUGAUGGAGCGAAGCAUGUUGCUGCCAGUAGUGUACAAGGUCUCUCUACACUCUGGUCAAGUCUGGAAGCGGGUGCAAAGGUUGUUGGAAAAAGUGUAACUGCAGAGACAGUAACAACAGUGAAGUACAAGUAUGGCGAGGAUGCUGGAGAUGCCACAGACACUGCCCUGAAGUCAGUGGUCAAUAUUGGAGUGACUGCUUAUAACAUUGACAACCUGGGAAUCAAAGCCAUCAUGAAGACUACUGGAAAAGAAACAGCAAAAGCCAUGGUGAAAAAAAAAGAUGGAAAUGAAACAGAAUGGACAAAGCCAGGGAGCCCUCAGACUAACACAGAAGCAAAGGACACACAAACGAAAUCAGUGGAGAAGGAGGAAAAGAAAUAAGCUUAUGAGUUGGUUUAUUUUUACCCUAAAUGUAGGUUGUUAAUGUGAAUUUGAUGCACAGCACAUUUAUAUCUUGAUUACAAUUUUGUAAAAGUGAAUGGUACUUAAGAUAUUUUUGUGUGCUAACAGGAUUGAUUUAUUAGGACGAUUUAACAGACUUAAAACUACAGACUUAUAUAUCAGUGUUUCGUACUAGGGGACUUAGUUAAUAUUACAUUUUCUCUGGAGUACAUUUUGCAUGCUGUUGUUUUUGCAGAAUGGUUUGGACAUUAAUUUUGGCUGUCUGUGGUAUAAAAUAGAAU